AUCAUAUGCUAUCACAUUCUGUCUGCCUCCCAUCCCAUGUUUUCAACUUGCAUGUGUGGUUUGAAUGUGCAAGCAUUUGUGUGGUGUGUGUUCUGGAGUUUGGGAAUGUGUUCUGUGUUAUUUUUGUUUGAGCAGGUAUUUGUGAUGAUAGAUCUUGAGAAGAUCUUUCCGACGCAACAAGAAUCGCUUCAAUCGGAGCAAGAACGCGAAAGCUAUGAAGAUUCAAAGUUCAUGAGCUUGCGUUACAAUUGCGGCGGUUACAAAGUGAAGUUGUGGGGUGACUCUAUAUGGAGUUGGGACCUUUGGGGUUGGGGAAAUUCGUCACUCUACUGUAACAGCUGCAAAUUGGUUGGGAACAACCAAGCUAGGUUGGCAAGGGUGGCCAACUUGGAUGGAUUGAUUGGGAAGGGACAAAUGUAAAAGUUGGGGUUCCUAUAGGGAGGGAAUCUUUGUGCUUAUGGGGUUUCCUUGGUUGGGGACUCUCUUGGGACCUUCCCUCUCAUCCCCCUCUUCCUAUCCCAACCUUUCUCUUGCUCCUUCUAAUUCCUUAAUUUCGGAUUUAUAUUUUGAGUAAUUCUAGCUCCUAAGUUCACCUAGACUCCGUCCUUAAUCCCAACAAGUGGUAUCAGAGCAAUAUUAAGGACAUUGAGAGGAGUCUACAGAAGUGUGAAGACCCUUCUAGACCCACCAUGGCCUGUGGGUGUGCCUAAGUGGUGUUCUAAAGGUUGGAUGUGUCUUCCGCUAAGGGAAACUCUGCCGAAAUUUCGUGGACGCCGAUACUUGUGAAAAUAUCGAGGGAGCUGAGUGUGGACAGCAAAGGGGGGCUGAAAUUCGUCAUUUCUCAAGGAGAAGAUGAAUGAGAGAGGAGGAGAUGCGAAUGGAAGAGGAGCUGUAGCUGAGAAGGCAAGUGAGCCGCCGCCAUCAAAAGUUGAAGCUUUGGAUGGCUCCAACUAUGAGGAAUGGAGCGGACGGAUGAGGAGUGCCUUCAAACGCUACAAGCUACUGAAGAUUGCUGUUGGGGAAGAGAAGAUGCCGGAAGAAGGCGAAGCACGUGAACGGUGGAUUGAGAAAAGCACGGUGCUUUUCGACCUCAUCCUUCAAUCGGUCAACAAGGAGAUGUUCGAACACAUCAAGGAUCUUGUGGAAGCGGAUGAUUCGGGUCCAAGGGCGUGGAAACUACUACGCGAUGUGAUUCAGCCCAACACUCUCCCGAUGGUGAUCGUGCUCGAGAAGGAACUUGCUGCCAUCUCCAUGCGACCAGGGGACGAUGUGAAGCCGGUCCUUGACAAGAUCAAGGACACCUAUGCAAGGAUGGCAGCAGCGGGCAGCAGUGUAUCUCAGCUGCAGCAGUGCACCAAGAUCAUCUCGGUGUUGGACAACUCUUGGGACAACCUCAUCCCCACCCUCAACUCUCAGCAAGAUCAAUGGACACCUGAGUGGCUAAGGCACCAGAUUCUGCAGGAGGACUUCCGCAGACGCCAUGUGGGAGGCGGUGCUGCCACUAAGACUGCUGAGGGGUAUGGAGCUGCAGGGCGCGGCAGAGGAAGAGGGGGUUGGAGAGGCCGAGGCCGUGGGAGAAGCUUUGGCAGAGGUAGAGGCCGAGGUGACUAUAAUGAGGGGCAUGGGAGCUCCAGUGGCAGGGGGAGUACCAGAAUGGAGGGCACCUGCUGGUACUGCAAGAAGGUCGGGCAUCCUUGGUUCAAGUGCUUCAGCAGGCCGGAGGGAUGGGCACCUCCAGGCAUGAAGCCGCCAAGUGGUGAACGCGCACAAGGUGGCGCUGUGCAAGGCUCAGGUGCACAAGGUGAAGGUGCACAAGGUAACGCCUAUCCUGGGAUGUAUCUCAUGGUUGAGGAUGUGCAUGGGCAUGAGGGUGAUGUGGGAUCUGUGGGAAAGGUUGUGAUGCAUCCUCUCAUGCACUGGGUGAUUGAUUCGGGUUGCACCAGUCACAUGACUCCACGGGCAGAUUUGCUUGAUGAGGUAAAACCCCCUGGGAAGAUCAAGUAUGUGGCAGCAGCGUCAGGUGCUUUGCUCCCUGUGAUUGGCGUUGGGAAUGCCAAGGUUAAGGGAGCUAAUGGGGAGCUUGUGGGGCUUGGGAAUGUUCUGCUGGUUAAAGGCUUGUCUGCUAACCUUCUCUCUGUGCGGCGACUGCAGAAGAGUAAGGCCGAAGUGACCUUUGGACCAACCAGCUGCCGUGCUAAGCUUGGGAAGAAGGUGCUGUGGAGUCUGGAAGAGGAGACCAGCUGCAUCAAGGACCUGUGGCAGCUGCCCAUCAUCCCUUGGAAUGGGAAGACUCCAACAACAGCAACGGCAGCAGCGGCAAAGGCAACAGCAGGAGGAGAUGCAACUGCACCAACUCAUGGGGUCCUGGAAGCAGUCAAGAAAGUGCACCAGCAGCAGACACAUAGUGAGGUGCUUGCUGGUGUGGAUGCGAGUGCGGCAUGGGCUAAGGCUUCAUCAAGGAGUGGAGAGGCCGAUUGGGAGACAUGGCAUGAGAGGUUGUGUCAUGUGAACUUCCCUAUGCUGCAGAAGUUGGUGAAGAAUGGGAGCCUGAAGGGCUUGGAGGUGAAAGGGGAAGUGAAGGAGAUUGGGAGCUGCCCUACAUGCUUGGAGACCAAGUUCUCCAAGUUCCCCUUCAACAGUGCUACAGGACCAGCCAAGACCCCACUUGCACUUGUGCACAUGGAUGUGGUGGGGCCCACAAGAGCCCCUUCCCUCUCAGGCAGCCGCUAUUUCUUGACAAUUGUGGAUGACCACACUCGGGCAGUGUGGGUUUACCCUUUGAACAGCAAGGGGGAGGUGGCAGCGGCUGUCCUUAAGGAGUGGAUGCCUAGAGCUCAGAGGGAAUGCGGAUACAAGGUGAAGGUGAUCCGCAGUGACAAUGGUGGGGAGUUCAUUGGAGCUGAUUUUGAGGGGGAGUUGAAGAGGAAGGGGAUCCAGCAUCAACUGACAGUGCCCUACAAUCCGCAGCAGAAUGGCGUGGCUGAGAGGUUCAACAGGACCCUGCAGGAGGGGGCACGCACUCUCCUUGGGCGUGCAGGGCUGCCUGAUCCGUUUUGGGUGUCUGCACUGAGGCAGGUCGCCCUUGUGAAGAACAGGGUGCUGGCUACAGUUGGAGAUAAGGAGUGGAUCCCAUAUACCAAGUGGUAUGGGAGGGCUCCAGCUGUGAACAUGCUGAGGGCAUUUGGGUGCAUGGUGGUGUUUCAUGUGCCUAAGGAGAAAAGGGGGAAAUUGGAGGCUUCUGGAAGAUGGGGUGUGCACUUGGGGAUUGCAAAGGAUCACAAGGGGUGGCUGCUAUGGGACUUGACCACCCAGAAGCUGACAGUGUCAAGGGAUGUGAAGUUUCUUGAGUUCCUGUACUACAAGGAAUGGAAGCAGCAGCAACAGAAGCUUCCAUCUACACCGCUCAUUGUGGAGGCAGAUGAGGUGCAGCAGCCUUCAAGGCAGGUGGAGGUUGCAGUGUCUGAGGAGGAGAUAUCUGGGGUGACUGAAGAAGGGGGAGCAGCUGAAGUGGAGCAGCAACAGCAACAUGAGUCUCCACCUCGAGUUCCACAGCCGCCUGAGCGACCUAGGAGGGAUGUGCGCCCUCCUGUGAGGCUGACCUAUGGGGGAAGAGGCAAGCCAAAUGUGGUGCAGGCUGGGAGUGUGGUUGAGCAGAUUGAGGAAGAUGAGAUCGCUCACUGCUACUGGGCACCAAUCCCUGAGCCCAAGACUCGAGAAGAGGCCUUGAAUGGACCAAAUGGGGAGAAGUGGAAGGCGAGUGAGGAUGAGGAGUUCGGGUCCCUGAUUGAAAACGAGACAUGGGACCUGUGUGACUUGCCUCCUGGGAAGAAGGCAAUCACUUCCAAGAUGAUCUACAGGCACAAGUAUGGACCUGAAGGGGAGCUGACCCGCUACAAGUCUAGGCUUGUGGCAAGGGGGUUUCAGCAGACAAAGGGGAAGGACUAUGAUGAGGUGUUUGCUCCUGUGGGGAAAGGAACAACAUUGAGGGUGCUAUUGGCGAUGGCUGCACUCCUGGGAUGGAAGAUACGGCAGAUGGACAUUGUGACUGCCUUUCUGAAUGGGAUCAUUCUGGAGGAGGUGUACAUGAAGCAGCCAGAGGGGCUGGAUGAUGGGAGCGGCAGGGUCUGCAGGCUGAAGAAGGCCAUCUAUGGCCUUAAGCAGGCGCCUCGUGCAUGGUAUCACAAGUUGGAGGAGGCGCUGCUGGCUGGGGGUUUCAAGAAGAGUGAGUGUGACCCCAGCCUGUUCCUGCUGCAGGAGAAGGAUGAAAUCCUCAUGCUCUUGGUGUAUGUGGAUGAUAUCCUUCUCUUUUCUGCAUCAACUGCUUUGCUGGACAGCGCAGAGCAGAUGCUAGAGAUGCAGUUCAAGUGUUCCAAGAUGGGUGAGGUGAAGUACUACUUGGGGAUGCAUGUGGAGAGAGAUGUGGAGAAGGGCGGAUCAUUGGAAGGGCAUGAAGCUUGCUGGGAUGAGUGUGCAUUGAGUAUGCAUGCUUGAGAUGUGGUAUGGUGGAUGAUGGUUGGCAGCCAGAGGGGGAGAUUGUUGUGUGAUGUCAUCAUAUGCUAUCACAUUCUGUCUGCCUCCCAUCCCAUGUUUUCAACUUGCAUGUGUGGUUUGAAUGUGCAAGCAUUUGUGUGGUGUGUGUUCUGGAGUUUGGGAAUGUGUUCUGUGUUAUUUUUGUUUGAGCAGGUAUUUGUGAUGAUAGAUCUUGAGAAGAUCUUUCCGACGCAACAAGAAUCGCUUCAAUCGGAGCAAGAACGCGAAAGCUAUGAAGAUUCAAAGUUCAUGAGCUUGCGUUACAAUUGCGGCGGUUACAAAGUGAAGUUGUGGGGUGACUCUAUAUGGAGUUGGGACCUUUGGGGUUGGGGAAAUUCGUCACUCUACUGUAACAGCUGCAAAUUGGUUGGGAACAACCAAGCUAGGUUGGCAAGGGUGGCCAACUUGGAUGGAUUGAUUGGGAAGGGACAAAUGUAAAAGUUGGGGUUCCUAUAGGGAGGGAAUCUUUGUGCUUAUGGGGUUUCCUUGGUUGGGGACUCUCUUGGGACCUUCCCUCUCAUCCCUCUCUUCCUAUCCCAACCUUUCUCUUGCUCCUUCUAAUUCCUUGUGAGAUUCUUGAACUUUGA